AUUCUCUAUUGUCAAUCAUUGCAAUUUGUCAUGUAAAACCGGUAGUUAUUUAAAACUUUAUAAAAGUUUUUUUUUAUAAAUAUUUUUCUUUCAAGUAUUUCAGACGUCUACUUCAUUGAUCAUUCAUUUAUAAUAAUGCAAAAUGGGUGACGAAAUAAUGUAUGAUACAGCAAAUACACAAACUCAAACUCAAAAUUCUCAAGUUGAAUUGAGUCAAACAAACACUCCAUCCGCGAUUCCUAUUAUUUGGGGCAGGCUGUAUUCAGGAAAUUACUGGAAGAAAAAUGGGGUGGAGAAACCUGACUAUUAUGACCUUAUACAACCAGAUUUUACACUAGGAAGAGCAUUAUCAUGCAAUAUUGUAGUAAAGAAAGAAACGGUGGAAGAAAUGAUUCUCAAAAGUGUGAGCAAACAACAUUUUGUUAUUAGAAGAGAUAUGACUGAUCCAUUAAAUCCAGCUAUCCUGACUGACUUAUCAUACAAUGGUACUUAUGUAAAUGGAGUACAAAUUGGGAAGAACAUGAGUAGAGUAUUAGAUGACAAUGAUGUUAUAGCUAUUACACAUAAAAGUAUUGCAGUAUUUUUAUUUAAAGACCUACUUAAGAACAAACAAGAUAAUAUUCCUAGAAAAAUCACCCAGAAGUAUUAUAUUUCAAGAGUAUUAGGACAGGGAGCGUGUGGAGUUGUUAAAUUAGUAUAUAAUAAAGUGACAUGUACAAAGUAUGCAAUGAAAAUAAUAAAGAAAUGUAGGCUUACUAACGGACAAAUGAAUCAUCUGAAUGACCCAAUGAAAAUUAUGAAUGAAGUGAAUAUAUUGAAAGCUUUGAAACAUCCAUUUAUAAUUGCAACAGAGGAAGUGAUAGAUUCAAAAGACGCUGUGUACAUUAUCUUGGAACUGAUGCAAGGUGGAGAACUAUUUGACAGAAUAACGAAACACGGUCAUUUGUCUGAGAGAUUGACUAGGUUCUUCUUCAAACAAAUUGUGCUAGCAGUUAAAUAUCUACACUCUCAGGGCAUCACUCACAGAGACCUGAAGCCUGAGAAUGUGCUACUUGAGAGUAAGAAAGACGAAACACUGGUCAAAAUAACAGAUUUUGGUUUGAGCAAGUUUGUAGGAGAGGAUAGCUUCAUGAAGACAAUGUGCGGCACUCCUAUAUACCUCGCUCCAGAAGUAUUAAGGGCCAAUGGACAGAACUGUUACGGCCCUGAGGUUGAUGUUUGGAGUUUGGGUGUUAUAUUUUUUGUAUGCCUAGUGGGGUACCUGCCGUUCUCAGCGGAGUACCGCGAGAUGUCGCUGGGCGAGCAGAUAGCGACGGGCCGCUACCGGCACUCGGGCGCGCACUGGCGCGGCGUGUCGGCGCCCGCGCGCCUGCUCAUGCGCCGCAUGCUCACCGUGCCCGUGCAGCGACGGAUCACGCUCGACGAGAUACUGCAGCAUCCGUGGAUGCAGGAUGAUGAAGUGAACCUCAGAAUUGACAUACUCCUCUCGCAAACGCAGAUGAAGCAUGGAUAUCUCUCCGUAUCAUCUAAAUCAGAUGAAGAGAACAAUAACUCGUCACAAAACAAAGAGAACGUUGUAAGACUCGUCGCAGCCAAUAAGAGAGCUCUAAGUGACAGUUAUAAUUCGUGCGAACCAAUCCCGAAGAAACUACGGUGCGAUGAAGAUACCAGUUCGACGAAUAGCUUUUGUUCUGAAGAAUAAUUCGUUUUAAAGGUUUUAUUUUUGAUAUAGCGAUUGAGUUGUGCGUUGGCAUAAAGAAACUUUAUGAUAGAAUGCAAGAAAAUUGUAAUUCGAAGGUUUAUCAAGAGUGGAAAAAACCAGACGAUAUUUUACAUGAGGUAAAAUAUAUUGAAUUCUGAUUCUAAAUUCUGCCUUGGAAUUGCAUUGAUUUUAUGUUAGCACUAUUCAGUUCUUGUUGUAUGAUGAUUUUUAAAUUAAUAUUAAUAUAAUUAUCAUUCAAGCAAAAUAGUAAGAUUUAAUUCUCUUGAUUUGUUUUAAACUUUUAUAAAUAUCGCCUCAGACUCAAUCGCUCUUGUGAUAUGAAAGGCUUAAUUAUUAUUGACUUUUUAACAUUUUAAUGAUUCUCAUGUUAAUUUUAAUGUUUCCUAUUUUUGUUAAUUUGUGAUUAUUAUUUGAUUUUGAUAAUUUUAGAAUUCUAUGAGUAUUAUUUUGUUCCAAUGUUGGUUUAUUUUUUUUAAUUGAUAGUCGAUAGCUACCUCUUAAUUAUAAGCUAAUGAUAAUCCCACCGGUUAAAAUUAUAUAAUGUGUGUGUUAUGGAUAUCGAAACAGGUUUUCGAAUACAUUAAUGAAUAAGUGUUGACGGCCAGCUUUUAGACUGAUUAUAUGAUAUUUUGAUAUUAUUAUGUCUUAUCGAGAGACACGUCAAAAUUAAUGAUAAGAUUUUACCGAUGAAACAGGCUUAUUUUAAUUGUAUCCAGUGCCAUACCUGUUACAUCAUGUUGAGAGAUAAUCGAUAAAUUUGUGAUUCUGGUGUACGAACGCCAAUUUUGUAUUUUCGUUAAUAAAACAAAAACAUUUCAAAAAUAAA